AUGAAACUUUUUACUCCUCUCGCAAUUCUAACGCUCGGAUCUUUUGCACUAGCCGGGAAUUCUGGCUCAUUAGAUGGCACAAACUCUGGAUCAAACUCAGAGGAUAAUUCAAUUGGCGCUGCCAGCUCGUCGAUUGCUAAGUCAACUGCGGUAAGUCAAGCAUCUUCCGCGACGAAAUCAAUGGUUCAAACAAGUAACGUUGUGAGUGCUGUGACAGAAUCGUCAAAUACCGCAUCUUUAGUACAAACAAGCAACGUAGUGGGUUCCGAUACGGCUACUACAACGGCAGAAUUCGAAGUGCAACCUAGCACGACCGUGGUCACAACAGAUUCGAACGGCCAAACCACCACACAAUAUUUAUGGUAUCUUCCCGAAAGUAGUGGUAGUUCUGAAACAACUGCAACGGCCUCUGAUGAAACAUCUAAAUUGAGCUCUGCAGCCACUGAAUCAACAGAUUCCUCGGUGUCCACCACCUCCAAUGCUGAUGGCGCCAUUACAGUUGUCACCACCACAAACUCUGCAGGUGAAACUUACACAUCGACCGUAUGGUGGACUCCCAGCGUAACCAAUUGGUGGACCACAUCCACCGGCUCAAUCGAUGGCAGUUCAUCGGCGAGCGAGACAGCAGUGGUAUCUUCCGUGAAGGAGACAAUAACACUAUCUUCAGGCUCUGUUUUGACAACACUAACUACAAGCAAACCAACUACUAUCAUGGCCGCAGUAUCUGCCAACAGCAACAGCUCCUCUACCGCAUCCAUUACCAGCAACUCGACAAAUGCUGCAUUCGGCCGUCCCGGAGUGGAUCUCCUGUACGGGCUUGGAGCCGUUGCGCUUGGAGCCAUUGCAUUGUGA